GUUGGUUUCCACUUGCAAUUGCAAUGGCAACCGUGUUCAUGCUUCUAUUCCUCACUACCUUCCUAGUUCAAGCCUCUUCAACCCCUUCCGUUGAGCCACGCACUUUUUCUUUCCCCACCUUUGAUCCUAGCAGUUGCAGUAAUGGCAGCUUAAUCUGCAUGGGCUCCGCGACUGCAGGAAACGGAUUCCUGAGCCUCACACCAGAGCCUACCAACAAUUCAGUUUCAUCAGGGUCAGCACUAGAUCAAGUAGGCCGGGUUCUCUUCCCCGUGCCCAUGGCGGCCUGGCCAGCCUCCAUCUUCACCACCUUCACCCUCAGGAUUUCUCCCUUCCCAAAUUCUAGUGUCUCUGGUGAUGGAAUGGCUUUCAUUAUUGCUCAAGAUAACUCAAGUUCGCCUCCUUCCAGCUCUGGAUCCUAUCUUGGUAUCAUGGACUCGUCCACUAAAGGUGGCUUAAUUAAACAGUUAGCCGUGGAGUUUGAUACUUUCAAGAAUGAAUGGGAUCCGGACGCAAAUCAUAUUGGAAUCGAUACAAUAAGCGUGAUGAAUCCGGUUGUAGCUAAAAGCCUUAACAGUGCUGGUAUUGACCUCAAAAGUAGAAGAAACAUCAAGGUUAAAAUCGAGUAUCAUGGUUGGACAAAGAUGCUUGAGAUAUCAAUGGCAUACUCUGGGGACAAUCUAGUGAGCAUACUUAACCAAUCUAUUGAUAUGUCAAACACAGUUCCGAGCACGGUGUUUGUCGGCUUCACAGCUGCAACGGGAAGAGUUCCAGAGAGCCAUCAGGUCCUUGAUUGGACUUUCUCAACAAUUCCAUUGCUGUAUCCGGACAGCCAUGACUCCAAACUCGAAAAGGUUAAAACUAUUUUGUUGAUCGUAGUUCCUAUCAUCAUGGGAUUAUUGGUUGUAUUAGUAUUCUUUCUUCCAUCAUUUCAAAAGUUUAUAGAAAAGAGAAGAGAGAGGGCUAAGCAGAAAGUUGAAAUCGAAACCCGAUCAAGAACUGCAGCAAACGUGCCGAAAAUGUUCACACAGAAGAUGCUUGCAAAGGCUACUUGUAACUUCAGUAAGGAAAAUCUGCUUGGAACCGGUGGGUUUGGGAGUGUUUACAAAGGUAGCUUCAAGGAUGAUCCCCCAACAAUUGUAGCUGUCAAGAAGAUUUCAGCAACAUCGAAACAAGGUGAAAAGGAGUACUUCGCAGAAAUAUGUACCAUAGGGCGGCUAAGGCACAAAAACAUAGUGCAACUCUUGGGGUGGUGCCAUGAAGGUGAACAUCUCCUCUUAGUCUACGAAUACAUGCCGAAUGGAAGCCUCGACCGUUACAUUGGUAAGUGUUAUCUCGACUGGGAGACUAGAUUCAAGAUACUAACGGGGUUGGCAUCUGCAUUGCUUUAUCUCCAUGAAGACAGUGGCAACCGCGUCGUUCACCGAGACAUUAAGCCGAACAAUGUUAUGUUGGACGAGGAAUUCAAUGCUCAUCUAGGCGAUUUCGGGCUAGCAAGGUUGCUCCAAAACGAUGCAGCAAUGACAACCAUGUUAGCUGGGACUCCAGGAUAUUUGGCUCCAGAAGUAGGCUUCAUUGGGAAAUCAACACCGGAAUCCGAUGUUUACAGCUUCGGCAUGGUAGUAAUCGAAGUUGUUUGUGGGAGAAGAUCAAAGGGUAUCAUGGAUGAAAACAGCUUGGUGGAUUAUGUAUGGAAUGCAUAUGGUUCAAAAGAACUGAUCAACUGUGUGGAUCAAAUGCUAGAAGGCGAAUUCGACGGAGAACAAGUGAAAAGAACAUUAAUGGUUGGUCUUGCAUGCCUGCACCCUGAUUCUACACAACGUCCCAAGAUAAGGAAAGUGGUUCAAAUAUUCUUGAACCCCGAUGAGCCACUAAUGGAUUUCCCCGAAACACGACCCGGUGCUGUUUAUAUAUCAGUUUCCUCUGGUUCCACCACAACCAAUGUUGAGUCCAAGAGUGCCCCACGGUGGCCUUCACUUGACUCAUCAAUCUACUGA